UCCCGUCGCUGCGCUCCCUCCCUCUCCCAGCGCCGCCCAUCCCGCCCCGGCGGGCGCAGGGGAGCCGUGGGGAGCGGAGCGGAGGGGAGUGGAGCGGCAGCGCUGCCUGGGGAGCGGCGAUGGCCGAUUACUGGAAAUCUCAGCCAAAAAAAUUCUGCGAUUACUGCAAGUGCUGGAUAGCAGACAACAGACCUAGCAUUGAUUUUCAUGAAAGAGGAAAGAAUCAUAAAGAAAAUGUGGCAAAAAGAAUUAGUGAGAUUAAAAAGAAAAGCUUGGAAAAGGCAAAAGAAGAAGAAAACAUGUCAAAAGAAUUUGCGGCAAUGGAGGAGGCUGCAAUGAAAGCAUAUCAAGAGGAUAUGAAAAGGCUUGGAAUUAAGCCAGAUGCUGUAGGUCCCAGUUCAACACCGAGUAAAACACAGAGUAACACAGUGGAAACUAAAGGAAAGAAGGAAAAGAAAGAGAAGAAGGAAAAGAAAGAAAAGAAAAAGAAGACAAUUGAAACGAAGCAGUGGGUGCAAGGACUGUCUCCAGAAGGCUAUACAUAUUACUACAACACAAAAACUGGAGAAUCACAGUGGGAGAAACCUAAAGGAUUCCAAGGCAACUCUCAAAACUCACAAACGGGAGCAGAGUGGGUAGAAGGUGUCACUGAAGAUGGUCAUACCUAUUACUAUAACACACAAACUGGAGUAUCCACAUGGGAGAAACCAGAUGGUUUUGUUUCAUCUUCAAAUGAGAAGAGUCGAUGUGACAAGCAUUCCGAAGAGCAUGCAGAAACAGCAUCUGAAUCAGACUCAGAAGAUAGUGAAAAUGAAGCAAAGAGUUCAGAAACAAACUCCAAGAGGAAAGGAGAUAACAGUGAAGAAUCAGAGGAAGGGAAGAAAUCUCCUAAAGCUAAAAAGUUAAGUCCAUAUGGGAAAUGGCGAGAAGUUAAGUCAGAAGAAACUGGAGAUAAAGAGAAGAGUACAUCAGCUUCCCAAGAAACCUCUAAUGAUGGAUCUAACACGACCAACCCUUAUGGAAAAUGGAAAGCACUUAAGGAAGUAGGAGAAGAACAAGAAAAAGAAGAAGAAGAAGGUGAAAAAGUGGACCUGGAGCUUCCAAGUACAGAGAGUGACAAUGUAGCACCCCCAGUGUUAGAGGUUCCGGAAGAGGAAACAGUGAUGUUUAAAGAGAAGACAGUCACCUCCCUUGGAGACCUGACAGAAGGGGUGCCAACAUUUAAAAAGAGAAAAUUUGAGAAUGGAAAAUCUAGAAACUUAAGACAAAGACUAAGUGAUCAGUAGUACUUAACAAAUCAUUUUAGAUUCUGUUUAAGCUAGAGUGAAUCAAAAGUUUAAUAUUUUAAACAGGCUUUUAUAAAGAAAAUGUUGGAUAGAAAUUGAGGAUUUAUAGGUAUUAAAACAUAUGUGAGUUAUUUUAUUUUGAUGUGAUUGGUUUUGGAAUGGAAGUUCGUGUUGUGUUACUUAUGCAAUAUUGUAAAUACUUUUUAUUUUAACCAUGCCAUCUAAGUUCUAUUUGCUCUGUGUAUGCUGUUUUAAAUAUGUUGCAUAACAUAUUUUACUUCUUUUCUAAGUAUGUGAGAAUGUAGUAAUGUUUAAUAUGGCAAAAAUGAAGCAGAUCUUUUAUUUUUACAGAGGAACUGGAUCAAUAGCAUGUACUAGAGAGCAAAAUCAUCCCCCAAGAUUGUUUAUGUGGAGUAGUUUCCCCACUAAUGAAUAAAAAUAUUGUGCUUACUAACCUUUGGUCAAUCGCUUGCCGAAGAGUAGGUGGUGAGACUGCCAACAUUUCAAACUGAUCAUUUGAAAGCUGUUUUUAGAGGAGUUAGUCACAUCAGUGCCACCCAUUCCAAAUGAUGUUCUGAAAAAUUAUUUCUGUACGUGCAUGAUAGAUGUAUUAAACCUCUGCAGAAGAUUUAAACCUGAUGAAUCUUAACUUGUAGUAACAGCACCAGAGCCCUGUUGGAGUAGACAUUUUUUCUUGUUGUAUUUUGCUUUAUUGUUGCCUACUUCAACUGUUACUUAUAAUAUUUUCUUUUUUUGGUCUUGCUUUCUUUUUGUCUCUUUCCCAGAAAAAAAGUGCUUGCCUGAUAUUUUAAAGAAAAAAUAGUCUAGAGACUUGGCCCUGCUCUAGCAUACAGGACCCUUUUUGAGGUGAAUGUGUUUUAUCUGCUGAUAAGAAGAGUGUGUUGCAUAGUUGCAGUGUUCGAUAAGCUGAGAGGGACUUAGUAUAUUGAAGCUUGAUCAUUCUCAGUACCACAGGAGAGGAAAACAAAAGAUCAGUAGAGCUGAUGGCUGUACUGUUCAAGAUGACUUGGACAUUUUCUUAAGGAUUGUAGAUUUGAUUUCUUCACUUGGUGGCAUUGGUCUGCAUUUAGCAUCAUCAAGAUUCAUUGCCUGUGUUAGAAUACAGCUGCACUUAUUGCUUCUCUAGCAAUGAAACAGUGGACCAUAAAGGUUCAAAUAAUGAAUCCAUUAAAAACUAUGUCUAUAUUCCUAAAGCUCACAGUGUUUUGUUCAGGAAAGUCUCAGUCAAAAAGAGGUGCAGUUAAGACUGUUGUCAAGAGUCCAGCAAAAUAGAGUUGGUAACUGCUGAGCUUGAAUUGCUUUGAGAAAACAACUGUUAAUCUUUUGGAUCAGUGGAGAAAGGAGUGCAAGACAGGAAAUCUGAUUUAUUGUGUAUUACAAUGGAGGUGAAGUCUUUUUUUCUAUUAUGGGACAUUUGCUUUAUGUGUAGAAGAGAAUUAAGUAUUGUAUUUAAUCCUGUGUGUUUUCUUGGCUUCAUCAGGGUUGUGGGGGUUUUUUUCUGAUGUUUAUUCUGAUAAAUUUGAAGGUUUCCUGUAAAAUCUGGCCCUGGAUUGUCAUUUAGAGAUGCAGGACGUGCUGGAUGCUUUCACAGUCAUAGUUCAGGAAUAUACAACAUGCAUUCCACAUGAAAGACCUCACAUGCAAGGCUAGAACAGAAGCGUCUUUCCUGCCAAGGAGAAGUUGUCAGGUUUCUUAUUCAAAUUUUUCAGGUUUUGUUCUUAUUUGAACGCUACUCUGGCAGCUAGGAGUCUGCUCUAACUUAGUCUCCUUAUGUUUGUGACCAGUUUACACUCUUCCUCCCAAUUCACACAAGUACUGUCCUUGAGUUAAGUAGCUUUUCUUCAUCUUGAAUCCAUCACAUCAUCUCUCUUCGAAAUCACAAAAAGCAUCCUUGUGUGACAGGACCUUCAGUGCUCCACCAGCACUUCUCUUCACCCAUUCCAGCCUGAGUCUGCCUAGACUAGAUUUGCCUAGGUGAUUUUGCCUGGGCUAGUUUGCCUAGAAUAAGGCCACACAUGAUGUCACUAAUACUUCCUUAGCAUAUUGGAAGUAACUCUGGGUAUGUCCCUAAACCAUAUUUGCCUUUCACAUGACCACAUCACACUGUCUGCCAGGGGUGCCCUGUGACUUAACAGUACAACCAGCUUUCUCUACUCCUUUGCCAUUGCCAGCUGAUGAAUUAACAGCUGGUCAUGCUCUCCUUUCGAGCACAAUUUUUUUUUGUACUGCUGUACUCAUCCUCCUUUUGUUACUCCAGGCCUAAGAUAUAUACAUUUCAUUAUGAUUUCUGAAAAAUUAUUUUACUGUUUAUUAGUAGAGUUUUAUCCAGUAGUAUAGCAGGUUUUUUUGUAGGCUCCACUUUUAAUAUCCUCUGAGGAGGGCACCUUUCCUCUUGUUAUGAGGUUUCCAAAAUAUGAACAUCUUUCCUUUAAAAUGUUUUGACACGUUGAAGUCACAGGCGGGGAUUUAAGAUACCUGUAACUACAUCCCUUGAGUAGAUGUUUAAAAACAUCUGAAAAUGAGUGUUCAAAACUUUUGUUCUUGUGGAGCUGCUGUUAGUUGUAAUAUGAACCAAAGGUCUUUGUACUGUGUUAAAUAGACAAACCAAAACAUUAGGAAAAGAGAUUAAAAUAUUUCUUUGCUCACCUCUAGUAAAGUUAGUUUAAAUACCUUGUGCUUAGUUUUGCUGAUGUGACUUUUAGAGCUUGUGAUUCACAAAGAAAUACAGAUAUAGCCCUUUGCUCUCUACUACCUCUGAAAGUCAGAGACUAGUUUAUUCCUAACUGUAAAUUAUAAAAAAGGCCAGUUGAUUUAAAUUCGAUAUACACAAAGCCAUUGUUUAAUUUUGCAGCGUGCUGUCAUUCAAUUUUCCUUAUUGUGUAUCUAAGCCAAAUAUUUUUCUGUUCUACGCAAAAAUACUGUCUUGUUUGAGAUUUAAGGCAGACACUGCUUUUCCAAGACAUCUGUUUUUUCACAGAUCUCUCUCCCUUCUGUGCUAUCUCCCUGCAAAAUCUUCUGCUUUUGAAAUUUGCUGUACGAAUCCUCUAGGUAUUACUACAGUUACACUCCUCAUCUGCUAAUCCUUCCUUGGGCUGCACUGGCUUUUGACAAAGGAAUGUUACUGUUUCAGAUGAGUGUUUUCUUUUCUGACUAAUCCAUUUUCUAUCCUACAGCAUGUUUUUAUCUGCUUGCCUGGUUUUAUUGCAAGCUCGAGUGAGGACUACAUCCUUGGUUUUACAGGCUGCCAUAGAUAUCAUUAGCAGUAUGAGAAGGAGAGUCAGAGAGAAAGGGAGUCAUUGCAAUUUCUGAUGAUGAUUUCUGUUGUGUGGUUUAGAGCAAGUCAAUUCACUGCUCUGUAUUUUUCUUUCCUUGCCUAAUAUUUUCACCUGCCUUGUUUGUUUAGAAAGACAGCUUCAUAGUACAGGACAUUUUGUGCAUGUUUUUACAGCAGGGCCUGUCUAAAGUUGGUGAUACUUUUAGAAGCAAACAUACUGCAUAUACAGAAAAAAGAAAAAUUGUUUUAUUGUGCAUUUGCUAUGCCAGGAGCUGUGCGGAGACCUGCUCAGUUUUACCCGUGUUACAGAAUAAUCCUUGUUCCUAUUUAGGCUAAGACAAAUUUUAACCCUUCACCUGGGGAUUGGUAGAUUGAAAUCCAGACUUCCCCAGUAGGGUGAAGUUUCGUUUGACCAUCAUAGAUAAAGUCUGUGCUGCAGCAUCAGCCAGUCCCGAUAUUGAGAUUUAGAAGGUGAGAGGGCUGGUCAUGACAUGGAUCUGAGUUAAAUUCACUAAUCUGUGCAUGUAUAAAACCAUUUCUCCUUUUUUUUUUUCUUCCCUGAAAGAGAUUUCAGUGCAAAUUUUGGCAUCUCAGAAAGGGAGUAAAAAACUAUUUCACGCUGCUUGGUUUCCUUGAUUUGUUUUUUGAGUUGUGCCUCCCUUUUUUAGUACUUUUCUUAUUAUUGCUGUCUUCCUUGAAUCGUCUUCUUCUGGUAUUCUCAGAUAUGCAAAUCUCUGUAUCACUGCUGUGCCAUGUUUCUGGCAUCCACCUUCACCUCAUCCCCUGCUCUGCUGAGAUCUUCAGAAAGCUUUGCGUUCCUAGGUAGGCCAAGGUGUCUCCAGGUCCCAGCUCCUGCCAACCACUUCUGCUGCCUGUUUGCAUUGUGCCCUGAAGAACUACAACCAUGUCUAUCUCCACACAACACACAAGCUAUUUCAAGACUGACUACAUGUGCUCUUUUGAUUUCCUUGAUAAUUCAUUUUUCUGAGACAGAUUCCACUCCGUUCCUCCUAUGGGGUUUGCAGCCCUAAAAUCCUUCUACUUGUUGGUACAAAAGCUGUCUAUACCUUCUGCUAUGAGCUGCAGCAACCCUUGGGUUCUGUUUUGUCAGCCAUACCUCUUCAGUCUCUAUCUACCUCUUUAGUCAGCUUACCUUCUACCUGCUAAAUUAUUUAACUUAGAAAUUGUGUUAACCAUUUGUGUGAUUAACAGGUUUAGCUUUGUGAAAUGUUUCAGGGUAGAGCUUGAAUAAAAUUUUCUGCACAAAGCAAGAAGUGUUGCAAAUAAUAAUCUCAAAAAGGCUAAAUUUGCCCAAGAGGAUUCCUAGAGAGUGUCAGCAAAAGUGGGUUUGAUUUUACGUGUAAAACCAGAAACAGUCUAUGUUAAAAACCAGAAGAGAGCAUUGUACAGACCACGGGAUGAUGACAGUGGAUUUUAAUGGCUUGUUUGGGGUGACUGAAGAGUGCUUGUUUUAGUUUAUAAGUAACAUCUGCAAAGUUAAACAGCUGGUUUAUCGUCAACUGCUUCUCAGUUGCAAUUACAAAAUAUUGCAAGCUCUUGAUGUGGAGUUUAUAUGAAAAUACAGAAUAAAGCUUUCAUUUGAACAAUC